CAGAAACAAGGUGCGCUCGCAGAACGAGCUUUCUAAACGACUGUGAGGUAGACAGAAAGAGACGUACAGGGAGAAACAGAGGAAGCGAUAAAAGAGGGAGAAAGAGUGAUGGCUAUCAUUACGCGCGGUGGAUUUUGUUAGUUUGUCAUGGCAUGAGGACAGUUUAAUGUAAGAAGAACGGCACAUGCUUACAUUAUAGGACUCGAGAAUUUGUAAGACGACAAAGUUUCUUGCUUUUAUUUGAAGAACUGUUAGAACGCAUCAAGAUCCUUGAACGUUUGUGAAGUGGAAAGGAAACCAAGCGCAAGCAAUCAGUUAUGUUUUUACCGGUGAAGAGGAGAGAAAAUAAGGAGGUAAGGAGUCAGUUAAGUACAAGCGCGGAAUAUCUCUACAAUGAACCCGGGAGGAUGGGAGAAAAAAGGUUGUUUUAAACGUUUGUGUGCAGAGAAGAAAAAAAAAGGCUGAUAAAUUAUAGCAUUUGUCGAGCAUUAUGGCUUCAAGUAACCUCUUCACUCAGUGGUCCUAAAGCAGUCUCCGACUCGGUUGAGGACCGCUGGUUCACGCGCUCUGCGCGCAGUUGCCGGCAGAGUUUUAUGAUUUUUUCCGGCAGAGUUGCAGAGAGGAGUAGGGUAUUGCGGUUGUUAAAUGGAAUAAACCGACAAUUUCCCGUCCCUGUCUUACACUCUCGGCAGCAGGCGCAAUAAGCGUCUUGCCGCAUCUGUGUUGCGGCAACCAUGCUGCACAAUCAGACUUGCGAGAACAUCACCGUGGUCCAUAUGGACGGGAACCCGGUGGUGAGCACGCUGAUGUUCCUGGCCGGCGUGCUGGGCAACCUAACGGCACUGGCCAUCCUGGGGGUGCACCAGAAGGAGCGGCGGGCCAAGACGUCGGUCUUCUGCAUCCUGGUGACGGGCCUGGCGCUGACGGACCUGCUGGGCACCUGCUUCCUCAGCCCGCUGGUGUUCGUGUGCUACGCGCGGAGCGCCUCCCUCCUGGGCCUGUCGGGCGACUGGCGGCUCUGCAACCUCUUCGCCUUCGCCAUGACCUUCUUCGGCCUGGCGUCCAUGCUGAUCCUGUGCGCCAUGGCGGUGGAGCGCUGCCUGGCCAUCAGCCACCCCUACUUCUACGCCAAGUACGUGCGACGCAGCUUCGCCAAGGCCACGCUGCUGCUCAUCUACCUGCUCACCUGCGCCUUCUGCUCGCUGCCCUUCAUGGGCCUGGGCCAGCACAAGCAGUACUGCCCGGGCACCUGGUGCUUCAUCAAGAUGGAGGCCAAGGACGAGGGUGCCGCGGUGGAGCGGAACGUGCUGGCCUUCUCGCUGGCGUACGCCACGCUCAUGGCGCUCCUCAUCGCCGCCGUCUUCCUGUGCAACGGCUCGGUGAUCGUCAGCCUCUGCCGCAUGCACCGCAGCCAGCUCUCCCGCCGCGGGUCCGUGCUGUCCAGCGGACGCAAGCGCAAGAUGACCCUCUGGAUCGGCCAGGGCGAGGAAGAGGUGGACCACCUGGUGCUGCUGGCCUCCAUGACCGUCAUCUUCGUCAUCUGCUCGCUGCCCCUGACCAUCUGUGGGUUUGUCAGCGCGGUGUCUCCAGUGGAGGACGACCAGGAGAACCUGCUGGCCUUCCGCUUCUCCGCCUUCAACCCCAUCGUCGACCCCUGGGUCUUCAUCAUCUUCCGCAAGGCGGUCUUCCGCUACCUGCACUCCCUGUUCCGCUGCCGCUUCCCCGGGGGGUCGCUCAAGAGCAGCAGCCCCAACUCCCACCCUGGGGCCGGGGAGCCGGAGAGCCCCACGUCCAUCAUCCUCCAGACCAAGACCACCUCCAACCUCCUGCUGUGAGCCUCCCGGCCCAGGACGCUGAGAAAAUGGCGGACACACGACGGGAUGUUCUACAGAACAGUGAGGGACUCCACCCUCCGUGGAGCAGAGAUGGAAGCCAUUUCGAUCCGGAUGGUCAUAG